AUGGGCUGUCUUGUGCAAAUGGCCAGCGUGCGCCGCACCCUCUUUCUGAGCGAGGACGAGAGGCACACCUACCUCGCCAACCUGAUGCAGAUGACCAUCGACGUGCUAAAGAACAAAACCGGAUUGGAGCAAGUUGACAACCACCACGAGUUCUCUCGUCUGCUCUAUCGCUUCAAGUCCAAUUAUCAACUCACUCAGCUUGUAGCUGUCAACGACAAGUACAGCGAAUGGAUCACUUUGGUGGCCGAGUUUACAUGCGCUACCUUCAAGGCACUGCCGCACAGCGGACACAAUCUGCUGCUGAUGUGGUCUCGUCUUGUCAGUUCGAUGACCUACAUGAAGACCGACAUCCCCACGCUCCUUGAUUCGCUCACGCCGCGCGUGAUGGAAGCCUACGUCAACUCCAUGCUCAAUGACAUCGACGAGGACGGCACUGAUGAGGACGAUCCUCUCCGCAACAUCGAGCCCAUUCAAGAGGAGCUGGAGGCUCUCCCGUACCUUGGGCGCUGCAACUACGCGACGACCAGCAGCCACAUCGUUUCGCUGUUUGAUCCGCGUGCCCAGGCGUAUCAGCAAUCGACUCAGCCCCCUUCGCCGUCUGGAUCACUGCUUGAAGGACAACUGGCGUGGAUGGUGUACGUGAUGGGAGCCGUGAUCGGAGCACGUAUCGGCUUCACUCCCGUACAGACCGAGGAGCAUGAUGCCAUUGACGGCGAGCUCUCCUAUCGCGUGUUUCAGCUCAUGCAGCUGCACGACCAACGGCUGAUGCAGUUCCGAAAGAUGUACGUCAGCGAGCAGGCCAUGUCCACCAACUCUCGCCUCUACGCCAGGCUGGCCGAGCGAAUCGGUAUUGCGGAUGACGCGAUGGUCAUGAACAUGAUCAUCACCAAGAUCGUUCGAAACCUCAAGUUCUGGGCUUCCGACAUCGGCAUCGUUACCAAGUCGCUUACCCUUUUCAACGAGCUUGCGUCUGGGUAUUCGAGCAGCAAGAUCAUGUGCAAGAUGGACGUGGUCGUUGAGAUACUGGAGCAUCACACGUCGCAGCACUUCCCCUUCCUGGACGUCGACGGCAACGUGCGGAACCGGACGACCUUUUACAGCACGCUGUCAAGGAUGCUCUUCAUGGAGCCGCACACAGUGCGCUUCGCUUCCUUCAUGCAGCCCUUCAAGAAUCAGCUAGUCGCGCUGCAGAGCAUGCAUCCGGAAGCAUUGCGACAGGAGAAUUACAAGUUUUUGCCCAGUUAUCCGGAGCACACGCCGUUGCUUGUUAGGGCCGCUGAAGUGUGGGCCGACACGCCAGCGAUCACUUCGCCUCUGCUCAAGCUCUUCUCGGAGUUGGUCCACAACAAAUCAGGCCGCAUCUCUUUCCCCGUCUCCUCCCCCGAUGGCUACCUCCUCUUUCGAGAGACAAGCAAGCUGCUCGUGGCCUACGGCCAGCGACUCGUCCGGCACACGCCAGCCGACCCCAAGGACCCUUAUGCGGACAAGUACAAGGGGAUAUGGCAGUGCAUGGUGGUCCUCACGCGCGCACUCCUGGGCAACUAUGUAAAUUUCGGAGUCUUUGCGCUCUACGGCGACCCUGCUCUCUCCAACGCCCUGCAAGUUGUGCUGCAGCUCGUUCUAUCCAUACCUUUCCCGGAGCUGACGGCGUAUCCGAAAGUCGUGCGGGCCUACUACGCCUUCAUCAGCACUCUCUGCCAGAUGCACACGUCGGCUUUGCUCGAGCUCGACACUCCUGUAUUUGUGCAGAUCCUCAGCUCCUUGAAGGAGGGCCUGAGUUCCCUUACGACCAUCACCUCUGUUUCGUCUCAGUCUUGCGACGCUCUCGACCACAUUUUCACGUUCGUGGUGGAGAACAAGACGAAGGAUAUCCCUGCCAUGAGGUCCUUUGCCGCCCACACUGCGAGCCACGCCGAGAUGUUGCCCCAGAUGCUGGAGCUGCUCUUCCAAGCGCUACUCUUCGAGGACAACGCCAAUCAGUGGGCUGUCUCGCGACCGCUCUUCAGUCUGCUCCUGUUGAUACCGACGCACUUCAGCGUGCUGCGAGAUCAGUUCGUGGCCAGCCAGAUGUCGGGCGAUGCAGACGGCGAGAAGAGGCAGAAGCUCGUCGAGGCCUUCGGGAAGCUCAUGACGGACGUCAAGGACAACCUCAUGCCCAAGAACCGCGAAAAGUUCACGCAGAACGCGACAGUGUUCAAGAACGAGGUCAAGGCGCUUCUGGUCUAG